GGACAAUGAUUUCAACAACGCCGUUCGACGCCUUCUUUCCGCGGAUCCGAGCGAGAGCGAGCCAGAGUACUUCCUCAUGCGUAUCGACACGCGUUUUGGCCAAAACAACGCCGCGAAAGGAAUUGUCAAGCGCCAGCUGCCGCCCCUAGACUGGCCAGGGAAUCCCUUUGCCGGCUUCCACGAGGAGGACUUCCGUACGUUUCUAGAAGGCAGUGACCUACCGCCCGAAUAUGCGGGGAGAAACAAGGUCUGGGCAUUCGUCUGCCGCCGUCAAAGCGAACAAUACACUGCAUUCACAGCUGAGGCCGCGUGGCCCAGCGGCAAGGGCGUCUGGGACUUUCUCAACAGUCGGCGACAAGCGCCAGAGCCAGCUGAGCAUGAGGUGCUGUACAACAUCACCUCCUUGGGCAGUAAAAGUGGUGUUGCCUAUCUGGCAGCUCCCAAAGCAGCGUUCGCCCCUUUUAACGAAAUUGACAUGAAUCUCUACCGAGCAUACUGGCACGAGGCGCUCAAGGUCAUCGAAGACUUUGACUCGGAAGGAUCUUCUACCGACAUCAACUUGCUCUGCAUGUACUUUAUGGAUGAAUACGGAAAACUUAGCACCUUGGGUCGCAGCGGCUUGAUCAGCAGUCUCCACGUCCCGUCGCCAGCUGACCUCUCUCUGUUCCGACGCCACAUGCGAGACAAAGCGCCAUCAAACAAUUCUACCGAGCCUGCGCUUCGAAUGGUGUGUACUGGCAGUCAAGGCUUGGUCGUCCUGCCAGGGCUUUACCCGCCACCUCGAGAGGGGGAAGCGAGGCUCCCCCUGAGAUCCACCUUUGGCACCAGAAGCAAGACUGAGCAGCUGCUCGAGGCCGCCAAGCGCAUUGCAUCAACGACGAAUGUUUUGCAAUCAUCGUUUGGUCAGGUGGGAGAGGGAGACAAUGACAUGGGAAACACCAGCUUCCUACUUCUGCCACCUCAGGCCUAUACUGACCCAGAGUGGCUGAAGACAGAGAGUAUGGGAUACUCCAGGGAGAUCCUAUCCCAGCAAGUCAUUCUUCCCAUUGCAGGCUCAACGCAGGAUCAGUCGGAGUGGUGGCCUCGUGUCGAAGACAUAGUCAAGAAGGCAGAGGAUGCUCGGGGUCCCGUCAUCCUAUAUCCCUGUUGGCCAACGAACCAGCAUGGCCGUAUCCUGGCACGUUGUGAUUUUGGCUACAUGCCAUAUCCCUUCGUGACAAGGUCUUGGCCCGUCGGCGAAUGCUAUCAUGUCGAGCUGCCCUGGCUGGGACACUCAAUCAGCAACCUUUGGAAGUUGGCCGGCGAGGUUUACAGUGACCUCGAAGGGUAUAGUCUGAAGAUCAGCUGUCGAAUUCCGAAUCCAGCAAAGGAAGGUUGGCUCGAUGCUGGUGUAGCCCCUCUGACGUACUAUAUCCAUCCUGCAACAACCGAAGAGGAGUGGUUCAACAUUCGGCUGCGGCUUCCGAAGCGUACUGCUGUCAUGACGCGCGUACCAAACGACGAGGCGAUGUCAUGCUCCCUGCCAGAGAAGAGCACUGUCUGGGGUCCGCGCUACGGGAAGCAGCUGACUCGUCUUGUGCGCGCUCGUCACACUGCCGCGUCGACUGAUGUUGCAGCCUGGCAGAAGAGGGCCUUUAGUACUCUGGAGACGGCCGAAGACAACAAGUACAUCAGCAAAGCUCUGGAAGUCCUCUGGUCUGUGCCUGACAUGAUUGCAACCGCCAAAGCCCGUGAGGCGGGUAUGCCCCGACGGCCGCAUCGGCCGCUUUACACAUUCAGAAGGGUCAAGCCCGAGGAGGCUCCCAUCACGCCCAGAAAGAGCGAGCGCUUCUCAGCACCGAGCGACGCAUGGCUGCACCUUGCUGAUAUUGGCGACGGCCGCACCGAGUAUAUUGGUCGCGGCUACUGGUGCGUUCUCGACGAUGCCAAAGAGGAAUGGCUUUUCCUCCCUUGGGCGCAUUUCCCACAAGAGUGGCCCAACCGCUUCGGCCUUACCUUGAGCGAAUGCCAGUAUCGCAGCACCGGGAGCGACUCAAUCUUCAAGCCUGCGCAAUUUCAUGCUGACGCUCGACCCUUGGAACAAAGCACUUCAACGAUGUUGGCUGAGGAUGUCGUGAUGCAAGAGGCAUGCUUGGAUGAGGAUCAAAAAAAUGGAUCCCACUCCCCCGUGCAUCAUGACCUCACGCCAUCGCCAGACGAUCCUCAGACUUCCAAUGUUGAAGACGACUCGUCUCGGCCACGGGGCAAGAGAGUGCUGAGGAAGAGAGGGGCAGCAGGUGACUGCAACUACCAUCCCUCGGACAGCGACAGCUCGUCUGAUGGAGACGAACCCGACGAAGGCGAAGAAGGGGAACCUCUGAUGGGCAGUCCUCAAAAUCCCCAAGACGGGUCAACGGCGGCACAGAGCAAAAGGAAGCGCAAGAUCGACGAUCCCAACUACCGACCUGUCGCAGCGCAUGACGAUGAAGAGGUCGCUCCCGUGGGGGAGCCAACCGUCACCGUCGUGGAGAGUUACAUGGCUGCACCGGCCGGGAAGAAGAGGGCAAGGUCUAGCAAGGGUGUCGAGGAGCCUCUCCCCUUGCCCGACUACGAGUCAGAGGCCGAGGAAGAGAACAUGGAGCCGGUCGCGAAGAAACCAAGACGAAAGUCCACCCCUAAGAAGGCAGACCAACAGCAGGACAACCAUGUCGACGAGGCGCCCAAGUCAAAGACAAAGUCCAAAGCCAAGGCGACACCCAAGAAAGCUUCGCCCAAAAAGGCCACAGCACAAGAUAUGCGCACUCCCAAGGAGGAGCCCAAGAACGACACCAUUCACGCGAAUGAGCCCCCUCAGGUCACUGAGAAGCCCUCGAGACGCGCUACAAAGGCAACUCCAAAGAAGGCGGCUGCGAAGAAGACGGCGCAGCCCAAGGCGGCAACCCAGUCCCCCGUUGACACUCUCUAACGCGUCUCUCUCUGAGUGACCGACUGGCGGAAAUGGCUCGACUGCUAAGAAGUCCGAGAAAACUUGGUUUGGUUUGCGAGUAUUUUGUUUGGUCAUGUUAUGGCGUCCAGUUUUCGUUUUCGUCGCGGCGUCCGGAAUUCUUUAUAACUGGCUUUGCGCAACAGUUUUAAACAAAUUGUUUUUCGUCAUAAAGAAGAAAUGCUGGCACGCGCUGGCCUGCGGCUUGUUGAGAGGUGUCGCCACCUCCUGAUCAACCCCUGAGGAGGCGCCAGUUUCUUGCCAAGGUGCUUGCCACGUGGUCUCAGGUUGCAGAGAGC